UCCACCCGAGAGAAAGAACUGUACCCACCACCUCAAAAGAAAGCUUGCCUUGCCCACUUCAGCGCAGAGAAUAGCACUAUCGAGGAAGACUGGACAGGAAGAAACAAGAACCUCCCAAAGCCCCAUUCUAUCCAGAAGUUGUGGUUCACCCAGUUUCCGUGGUUGGUCAUGAAUGAGGAACAGACAGUUCUGUUUUGUGCUGUCUGCCGAGAAUACCCAUCAGUCAGGGAUAGAAGGUCAAGACUACUAGAAGGCUACACAGGACCGUUCAAGGUGGAAACUCUCAAAUACCAUGCCAGGAGCAAGGCCCAUCUGUUCUGUGUCAAUGCCCUGGCCACCAAGGACCCCGUCUGGGCAGCCCACCUUCAGAGUCUCAGGGAGAGUGCUGCAGAUAUCCGGACUAGCCCUGAACACCUCUUCAUUGCAGACUAUCCCACGUUCUACCCUCCAGGGCCCCUGGGAGACUUUGAUGGCCUAGCUGAGCUCCAGUCAAGCCCAGGAACUGAACUAGAGGACCCCCCAGGGGGUGGAGCCGACCCUGCUUUGCGUCUAGACUGCAUGUCAGAUUUGAGGCAAAAGGAAACUGGCAGUGACAUCCUCAGUCCCUCAAAGAGCAGCACUUUGUGUAAAGACACUAUUGAAUUCUGCAGCCAGCUGGGGGCUGAGUGCUGCUCUGUGUUGCAGGAGCCUCCUGACAGUGAGCAGCUGAAGGUGUCCAGGGCGCUUGGGGAGCUCCCUGCAGCGUUUGAGGAUGUGGCGGUGUACUUCACUCGGGAGGAGUGGGGCCUGUUGGACAGGCAGCAGAAGGAGCUCUACAGAGAUGUGAUGCGGAUGAACUACGAGCUGCUGGCGUCCCUGGAGCCACCUGAUGCCAAGCCAGAUUUGAUCACCAAACUGAAACGGAGAUCCGCACCCUGGAUCAAAGACCCCAAUGGGCUAGCGUCAGGGAGAAGUCGCUCCCUAGGGAAAAAGAAGACCGUGGCAAUGAGAGAAGCCAACAUCCAAACCCAGGCCUCAGCUGCAGAGCCCACCUCACUUCCAACCUCUGUGGAGACAUGUCCCUCUCACUGUCUUCCCAGCACGUGUGGAGGAGAAGUGGGCGGACCUGGGAAAAUCAAGAGGACAUACAGGCCCCGUUCCAUUCAGAGGUCAUGGUUUGGGCAGUUCCCCUGGUUAAUACUGGACUCCGAGGAGACCAAGCUGUUCUGCUCUGUUUGCAGAGAGAGACCAACAAUCCAUGACAAGUCAUCCCGCUUGGUCCAAGGUUACACUGGGCCUUUUAAAGUGGAAACUCUGAGAUACCAUGAGGUCAGUAAGGCACACAAACUGUGUGUCAACACCGUGGAGGUCAGAGGUGACAGCACUCAGCCUACCCUCACUCCGGAAAUCUCCAGUGACCUCGUGGCCAACAUGGAACACCUCUUCAAUGCCGCCUACUCCAUCGCCUACCACUCCAGGCCUCUGAAUGACUUCGGGAAGGUCUUGCAACUCCUACAUAACACCGGCACCACGCUAUUGGGCAAAUACCGGAAUCGCACUGCCUGCACCCAGUUCAUCAAGUAUAUCUCCGAGACCCUGAAGAAGGAGAUCCUCAGAGACAUUCGGGGCUCCCCGUGUGUGAGCCUGCUGUUGGACAGCUGCUCGGACUUCUCCGACCAGGCCUGCGUGGGGAUCUACAUGCGCUACUUGAAGCAGGCGGAGGUGAAGGAGUCCUACAUCACCCUGGCCCCUCUCCCCAGUGAGACUGUAUAUGGGUACUUCGAGACCAUCAUUGCUGCCCUGGAUGAGCUGGAUAUCCCUUUCCGGAAGCCUGGCUGGGUGGUGGGUCUGGGGACUGAUGGGUCUGCCAUGCUGAGCCGCAAGGGAGGCCUCGUGGGAAAGCUCCAGGAGGUCAUCCCCCAGCUGCUGCCUGUGCACAGUGUCACCCACCAGCUGCCCCUGGCCGUGCUGGACGCUUGUGGGAGCGUCCCUCUGGUGAGGAGGUGCGAUCGGCACAUCCGAACCGUCUUCAAGUUUUAUCAGUCCUCCAGCAAGAGGCUCGGUGAGCUGCGGCACGGCGCCGGUCCCCUGGAGCAGGAGAUCAUUCAUCUGAAGGACUUGACCGCUGUCAGGUGGGUGGCCAGCCAAAGGCACACUCUGGACGUACUCAUCGGGAGCUGGCCCGCCCUGGUUAGGCACCUUCAGAGUGUGGCGGAGGCUGGGGGCCAGACUGGACAGAGAGCCAAGGGCAUGCUGAAGCAGAUAAAGGGCUUCCAUUUCAUCAAGUUCUGUCAUUUCCUUCUGGAUUUCCUGAGCAUCUACAGGCCUCUGUCUGAGGUCUGCCGGAAGGAGCUAGCACUGGUCACAGAAGUGAAUUCUACCCUGGGGCAUGCCUAUGUGGCCUUGGAGAGUCUCCGCCAACAGGCGGGGCCUAAAGAAGAAGAGUUCAAUGCCAGCUUCCAGGACGGGCAGUUCCAUGGCAUCUUCCUGGACAGAGUGGAGAUGGCAGAGCUGUGGUUCCAGGCAGACAGGGAGAGAACAAUCCUGAAUGGGAUCGAGUAUCUCCAGCAGAGGUUUGAUGCAGACCGCCCCGCACUGCUCAAGAACAUGGAGGUGUUAGACACCACGGCCUGGCCUCGAGGGGUCGAACUGGCCUGCUUUGGGAACAGUGACAUUCUCAGCCUUGCCAGGCAUUUUGAACUCUCCCUCCCCGUGGGGUACAGUGAGGAAGUGCUUCUGGAGGAGUGGCUGAGCUUGAAAGCAGCUACCCAGAACCUUCCGUUCUCUGUGCUGUGUAAGAACGCCCUGACUCAGCACUGCCGAUUCCCUCUCCUGAGCAAGCUCCUGGCUGUGGUGGUUAGCGUGCCCAUCUCCACUUCCUGCUGUGAACGAGGAUUCAAGGCCAUGCACAGGAUCAGAACCGAGGAGAGGACCAAGCUCUCCAGUGAGGUGCUCAACACGCUCAUGAUGACGGCUGUGAAUGGCGUGGCAGUGGCCGAGUAUGACCCCCAGCCCGCCAUCCAGCACUGGUACCUGACCUCUUCGGGACGACGCUUCAGCCACAGCUAUGCCUGUGCCCAGGCGCCUGCCCGCUCCCAUGCCAAUACAGGGCUCAGGAAGAAGGGGAUUCCUCUCUGUAAGGAGGAAUCCAAGGUCCAGAAGACAUCCGUCACAUCAUAUGGGGAGCCAUGAGGUUCAGAAGGAUCACCUAGUGAAGGUUCCUGGACACUAUACCGUCUCGAAAGCCCUGUGGUUCUCAAGAGUGGCCUAGACAGAGCUUUGGGGAACCCUUGAUCAUGGAGAGAGACUCUCUGAAGAUCCUAGGCUGUCGUGGUUGGAUACUUCAUAGGCCCAGAAUGUGGGCAGUGACAAAGGGUUGAAGGGGACAAGGCCCUCAAGGUGCCACGGUGACUCUCAGUGCAAAAGCAUGCCCAAGAGGCACUUACCUCAAGUCUGUUUUCCCAAGGAAUCCUGCCGUGAGAGGGUUUACACCACACAUUCUGGUGGCAGAGGACUUUCCUGAAAUGGGAAAGGAGCAGCCCAGCUCUCUGCAUCCCUGGCGUGAAUAGGAGGUGGCCUCUGGGGAAGGUCACUUUGGUGUGGACAUGACCGUGGUCCAGAGACCUUGGCCUGCUACAGGAGCCCCCAGGACUGGCCAUUCUGGACCACUGCGGAGCCUCAUGUAGUAGAAUCCAGGAGCCCCUACUCCUCAAGGGCUGCCUUUGACACACACCAGCACCUGUCGCCAUAGCUCCUGCACAGUGAGACAUGCUCCCUCUGAAGGGAACCUGGUGUUCCCUCCCCACCUCUCAGCCCUUGGCAGUUUCCUGAGGAGUGCACAAGAGGUGGGAGGUGGGAGAUGUGGAAUCCUGGCCAGCUUUUCUGCAGAUAAUGUGCCUAUGGUUAAUCCCUUCCUCUUUUCUAUGCCUCAGUUCACUCCUCAUGUGGUUACCAUAGAGAAUCCAAGUGCCUGUUGGCUCCCUGUAGCUAUAGCAGUCGUCAGUGGGAACCUCAGAGUCCUGGAGAGAAGGACUUGUCUAGAGCACUUAGCUGUUCCUACCUGCUCUUGUCCUUAGCGGUAAAGGUGUCAGCUUUGCCCCUGGAGGUGAAAGCGCUGUCCACAGGACAGGUACACCCAUCCUUCUGCAGAAUGCCCUGCAGACUGUUUCAAACGCAAGCCCCAGGGCUUCUCAGACGUGCCUCAUUCUGGACGAGUAGAAUCCUACUCCCCACACCAGUUCAGCAGCUGUAGCUUCUCAUAGACUCCCCCAGGACCUUUCAUAGGUAUCCUCUGGCUUUGAAGCCACUUCCCCUCUCGUAGAAGGACCUCCAGUAAAACUGUGGGCCCUCUCACAUUUUCCCUUCUAUUGUGAAUUCCAGGGCAGCCUGACCUUGCAGGCUCAGUGGCUGCCUGUUUGGUUAGGAUGAUCUGUCUAGGUUCUGUCUUUUAGCUCCAGGUUGGAGAAUUGCCUAAUGGAUGGGCUCCUUGCCUCUGUCUCCUGCUCGUUUUAAGAAAGGGCAGGAGCCUUGCUUGUUGCCUGUCUGCUGCAGGCCCUGCUCUGUGUCAUAGGCACAUAGCCUCUGGCCAUGCCACCCGCCCAUUCCUUCCAGCAGGUGCUGCACCCCCCCAGCAGUGC